AUGCCAACAGCUAUUCCAGCGUUUAACAGGAUACUAGACGAUCUAGCUAGGCGACAGUUACUACUUGACUUCCAGUUUGGUGGAGCGGGUAGCAGCUACGAAGCAAUUAGGAAUAUUGGUGCUGGAGCCUUUGGAAUUGUUUGUGAAGCCGUUGAGACCAGUUCGAAUACUAAGGUGGCGAUCAAAAAAAUCGGUCAUGCAUCGGCCACUCCAACAUUGGCAAGAAGAACGUUGCGAGAAAUCCGAGUUCUUCGAUACAUCAGCCACCCAAAUAUAGUUAACCUUAGAGAUAUUUUUAGAACCCCUGGAAAUUUAGGUAUCAAUGUGUACUUAGUUAUGGAUUUAAUGGAGGGCAAUUUACAUCACGUUAUCCAUGGCGGGGGACCAAUGGAGGAUGAACUUAUUGCACACUUUUUAAUACAGCUAUUAAGAGGACUUAGGUAUUUACAUACUGCUGGCAUUGCUCAUCGUGAUCUGAAACCGUCGAAUUUAUUGGUAAACAGUGAUUGUCACUUGCGAAUUGCCGACUUUGGUAUGGCUAAACUGGCUAUGAGAGAACAUAUAGAAGAGGCUGAAGAGCAUUGUUUUUAUAUGACACAACAUAUAGCAACCCUGCCUUACAGGGCCCCAGAAUUGUUAUUCGUUAUGCCUGAACAUUCAACAGCAGUUGAUAUUUGGGCAGUCGCCUGCAUUUUUGCUGAGAUGAUUAUUCGCCGUGAACUUUUUCCUGGCAGAAGUGUUAGCGGGCAAAUUAAAAUCAUCGUUACAAUGCUUGGUGCUCCUUCUGAAAAGAUACUUCGUCAAAUUCGUUGUGAUCGCACCAGACGACUUAUUGAAAAUUUUGGAGAUCAUCCGUUCAGACCGUGGCACGAAAUUAUUCGCGAUUACAGUAACAGUGAAGCCUUGGACCUAAUUGCAAAAAUGGCCACAAUGGAUCCAGAAGAUCGAAUCGACGUACAUGAAGCGAUAGCUCAUCCUUAUUUUAAGGAAUUUUAUCCCAAUCUUCCUCCUGAACAAGCUUGCCCAUUUAAAGUAAAAAUGGAUAUGGCUGCAAUAGAGACGUUGAGUCAUGAAGGUCUUAUACAGGCACUAAUUAACGAUGUACGUUCCGCUGACGAAACAAAUUUUUCCCCAAAUUCUUCAGAAGUUUCUCUGGAAUCUGCAACAACUUCGUCUUCUAAAUCUUCUGAAGUACGUUUAUUUGCUUUUAAAGAUUUAGAAGCGCAUAUUUCUCAAAAUAACGAAAGGGCAGAAAAGAGAAAAGCAAAUUUUGGCUGUUUUCUAUAA